AUGGAAGGAUCCGAAGGCAAGGAUUUCAAGGACUUCACCGAAGCCGCCUCUAGCAGUUCCAGAACUGCCUCCAGCAGCUCCAGAACUGAUAGCACACUGUUUGAUGCAUCACAGUACUUGUUUUUCGGGAAAGAUAUAGCUGAUGAAGUAGAAUUAGCGGGUUUGGAAGAUGAAGAAGUUGGGGUUCCUGUGAUCGGGGACAGAUUUGGUGGCGGAGAAGAUGAGCUGCAGGAGUAUCAUUUGUUUGACAAAGAUGAGGGAUCAGGUUUAGGAUCAUUAUCUGGUAUAGAUGAUUUGGCUACCACAUUUGCAAAGUUAAACAGAGCUGUGUCUGGACCAAGACAUUUUGGAGUUAUUGGUGAUCGAGGAUCUGGAUCUUUUUCAAGGGAAAGUUCAUCAGCUGCAGAAUGGACACAGGAACCAAAUUUUUCUUAUUGCCUUGACCGGCAUAUGUCUGACUCAGAAUGUUACCAAGAAAGUAAGAGGUGGUCAUCUCAACCACGUCUCUCUUCAUUGCAACUUCCAGAAUCAAAAUCAUUAUACAGAACUUCGUCAUACCCCGAGCAGCCUCAGCAACUACAACACUUUGCUAGUGAGCCUAUUUUAGUUCCCAAGUCAUCUUUCACUUCCUUCCCUCCACCAGGAUCUCAACAAGCUUCUCUGAAUAAUUCGAAUUGUCUUAAUAUUCCAUCUCUCUCUGGUGGACCUCAGUCACCCUUCUCUGUGCCAACCAACUCUGCAUUAUAUAAUUCUACUCUGCAUUUACCGGGCACAAGCCAUGGAUUUCAUUACAAUACAAACAUGUCACACCUGACCUCACCAAAUAUCACUAAUAAUCCACGCCUGCAAAACUUCUGGACUAGCCAUGCUGGUCUCCUCCACGGGGAUCAUUCUGUCCUCUUGAACAAUGUUUUGCAACAUCAAUAUCAAAACGGGUCAUUAUCACCACAGCUACUAUCCUCGCAGCAACAUCGACUUCAUCUUCAAGUUCAACCAGCUUUAUCUCAUUUGUCACCACUGAAAUCUCAGAUAUUUAACACUUUUCCUUCACCAUCACAUUUGAAUAAAUAUGAUAAGAGAGAGUCAAAACCUAAAUCAGCCAAAGGCAAACAUAGUGUGCGAUUCUCCUAUCACGGAUCUGAUUCUAGUAGUCAUAGGACUGAUAGUAGUUUACAACAAUUCAGAUCCAAGUACAUGACUGCUGAAGAGAUAGAGAGUAUUCUUAAAAUACAGCACGCCACAAACCAUGGUAAUGACCCAUACAUAGAUGAUUAUUACCACCAAGCUCGUCUUGCAAAGAAAUCAUCAGAAAUGAGGUCAAAAUAUCGUUUCUUCCCAUCCCACCUGAAGGAUCAAUCAUCCCGAUCCCGUAAUAGUGCAGAAUCAUGGCCACAUCUCCAUGUUGAUUCUCUUGGGAGAGUUUGUUUUUCUUCUAUACGUAGACCCUGCCCUCUUCUUGAGGUUGACCCCCCUCCCUCUGCUUGUGGCGAUGGCAGCGCUGAACCAAAAAUAUCUGAAAAGCCUUUGGAGAAGGAACCCAUGCUUGCAGCUAGGGUAACAAUUGAGGAUGGGCUUUGUCUUCUUCUGGAUGUAGAUGACAUUGACCGUCUUCUACAAUUUAGUCAACCCCAAGAUGGUGGCACUCAGCUUAGGCGGAAGCGGCAGAUUUUAUUAGAAGGGUUAGCAGCCUCUCUUCAGCUUGUUGACCCUCUUGGUAAAAGUGGCAACUCUGCUGGGCUGGCUGCCAGGGAUGACAUUGUGUUUCUACGCAUAGUCUCUCAUUCCAAAGGUCGGAAACUGAUUUCAAGGUUCCUUCAGCUCAUUUUACCUGGGAGUGAGCUUGUCCGAAUAGUCUGCAUGGCUAUCUUUCGUCAUUUAAGAUUUUUGUUUGGGGGCCUUCCUUCUGAUCCAAGUGCAGCUGAGGCUAUUCAUAAUCUUGCCAAGACAGUUUCUCUGUGUGUCGCUGGUAUGGAUCUUAAUUCUCUUAGUGCUUGUCUUGCUGCAGUAGUUUGUUCCUUAGAACAGCCUCCUCUUCGUCCACUUGGGAGCCCUGCUGGAGAUGGUGCUUCUGUUGUCUUGAAAUCUGUUUUAGAACAAGCGACUCACUUAUUAAGUCAUCCUAGAGCUGCCAGCAAUUUUAGCAUGCCCAAUCCUGGCCUUUGGCAGGCUUCCUUUGAUGCUUUCUUUGGUCUGCUGACAAAGUAUUGCGUAAGUAAAUAUGACAGUAUUGUGCAAUCAAUAUGUACUCAAGGCCAGCCAGACAUAGAGGUAAUUGGUUCAGAGGCUGUGAGAGCUGUAAGCAAGGAAAUGCCGGUGGAACUUCUUCGUGCUAGUCUUCCACACACUGAUGAGCGUCAGAGGAAGUUAUUGAAUUUUGAUCAGCGACCAAUGCCUGUUACUGGAUUUAAUGCUCAUGGUGGAAGCAGUGGACAGAUAAAUCCUGAAUCAGUGCGAGAACUCUUAUGGGCAAGUGUUGUAUAUGUUGCUGACAUAUGGUGGAUCCAACCUUUUUCGAUUGGCUUCCUCCUAUUCCCUUCAAGUUUCUGUUUCGAGGCGCUUGUCGUUGGAUCAUUAAAAGUUAAGCUUGCUUCUGGAAUUUUUUUAGGAAUAUGUUUUAGAAAAUUUGUUACUUUUCUGUUAUUAUAUGCAUACAAACUGUCUUCAAUUACUCUUCUUAAUUUCUAUAUAUCUCUCCAGUUCAGAGUGGAUCAUAGAUAUUCGAGAAGAAACAUUUAUCUUUUGCAGCUCCAUCAAUUUCAAGGGAUGGAUUUUAUGGAGACGAAGCGAAGGAGCAACUUCACUAAAAAAGUUUUCUUAGCUGCUGGCAUUACUGCACUUUUUAUUUUUCUUUUCAAGCGAGCACCUGAUACUAGUACCUCUACCAAGUUCUCUCAACAUGAGCCUGGAGUAACGCACGUGUUAGUAACUGGAGGUGCAGGCUAUAUAGGUUCUCAUGCUGUCCUUCGGCUUCUUAAGGAUUCAUAUCGUGUAACCAUUGUGGACAAUCUUUCCAGAGGGAACAUGGGAGCUGUUAAAAUUCUCCAAGAACUUUAUCCUGAGCCCGGGAGACUUCAAUUUAUAUAUGCUGAUCUAGGGGAUGCAGCAUCAGUAAAUAAAAUUUUUAGAGAGAAUGCAUUUGAUGCCGUCAUGCAUUUUGCGGCUGUUGCUUAUGUUGGUGAAAGUACAGCCGAACCUCUAAGGUAUUAUCAUAAUAUUACCUCAAAUACCUUGUUAUUAGUGAAGGCAAUGGCUACUCGUGGUGUAAAGACAUUGAUCUAUUCGAGCACUUGUGCAACAUAUGGAGAACCAGAAAAGAUGCCGAUCACAGAAGUUACUCCUCAAGCCCCGAUCAAUCCAUACGGAAAAGCCAAGAAAAUGGCUGAAGAUAUUAUAUUGGACUUCUCAAAGACUUCCGACAUGGCUGUCAUGAUCUUAAGGUACUUCAAUGUUAUUGGCUCCGACCCUGAGGGAAGACUGGGAGAAGCUCCACGACCAGAAUUGCGUGAACAAGGACGUAUUUCAGGAGCUUGUUUUGAUGCAGCCAGAGGAAUAAUUUCGGGAUUAAAGAUAAGAGGGACUGAUUAUAGCACACCAGAUGGAACUUGUGUGAGAGACUAUAUUGAUGUCACUGAUUUGAUUGACGCACAUGUUAAAGCCUUAGCCCAUGCAAAACCAGGCAAAGUUGGUAUUUACAAUGUUGGCACUGGUAAAGGUAGUUCAGUAAAACAAUUUGUGGAAGCAUGUAAGAAGGCUACUGGUGUGAACAUAAAGGUGGAUUACCUAAGUCGUCGUCCGGGGGAUUAUGCUGAAGUAUACAGCGAUCCUUCAAAGAUCAAUAACGAACUAAAUUGGAUGGCAAAGUACACAAAUCUUGAAGAAAGCUUAGCAAUUGCUUGGAGAUGGCAAAAGACACACAGAAAUGUCGGCGAGAAGUGGGCAUUGUCACCAACCAACGGCGCGAACGCUGAAAUUAGCCUCUGUAGUGGACUCCGAAGUGUGGAUUCGCACGCAUGGAAGGAACAGACGGAGGAUAAUGUGAUAUUGCAAUAUUGGUUGUUGACAUAA